AUGUCACCGAUACUCCACAUUCUCCACUCGCAGCUUUUUGUGUCUCUGCCUUACCCCAACUUUGAUUUCUCCAACCAGACAUGCAUCGUGACAGGAAGUAACUCUGGAAUUGGACUCGAAGCCGCAAAGCACUUGGUGCGGUUGAACGCGGCACGUGUUAUACUCGCGGUGAGAAACGUUACUCGGGGAGAAGAAGCCAAAGAAUGGAUUGAAACCGAAACCGGUCGUAAAGAUGUCGUUGAAGUAUGGCAUCUGGACUUGAGCAGCUAUGAAUCGGUCAAACAGUUUGCUCAUCACGCUUCCAACAAUCUGGAUCGAUGGGACUGUCUGUUGGAGAAUGCUGGAACUGGCAGUUUUACCUACCAGACCGCUGAGGACAACGAGUCAACUAUCACCAUUAACGUUGUGAGCACUUUUCUAUUGGCCAUAUUGAUGCUGCCCCUACUCCGCAAGACCGCCAAGAUUUUCAACACUCAGCCGCGUUUGUCAUUUGUGGUGUCCGACGUGCAUGCCAUGGCAAAUUUCCCCGAGCGCAAUAACCCAAACAUCUUCGCCAGCCUCAAUGCGGAUAGAAGUUCAGCUGCAUUACGUCGACGUUAUGCGGUCUCCAAGUUACUGGAAGUCUUACUCACUCGAGAAUUGGCGUCCAGAGUCAGUCAAUUCUGUUCUGACAACGGCAGCCAGCACGACAUUAUUGUCAACUGUGUUAACCAGGGCUUCUGCAAGACUAACUUGGGUGAUAAGGGACCCUGGAUUGGACGAAUUCUUCGCAGUAUUUUGGCCAUGUUUCUCGCACGAACGGCUGAAGAAGGUAGCCGCACGCUCGUCUUUGCAGCUGCAGCAUCAACAGACACACAUGGAAAAUAUCUUAGUGACUGUCGCAUAGAAAAGCCAUCGACUUUUGUCUUGAGCAAAGAAGGGCGUAAGACUCAAUCAAAAUUAUGGGAUGAAUUAAUGACAAAACUGGGAGCCAUCUCAUCUGAAAUCUCUCACAUUGUACAGCCAUAG